AUGCUGUCAGUGAGGUGGGAGAGGUGUGGAUCAGUGAGGUGGAGGUGGGUCAGUGAGGUGGAGGUGGGAGAGGUGUGGAUCAGUGAGGUGGAGGUGGGAGAGGUGUGGGUCAGUGAGGUGGAGGUGGGACAGGUGUGGGUCAGUGAGGUGGAGGUGGGAGAGGUGUGGGUCAGUGAGGUGGAGGUGGGACAGGUGUGGGUCAGUGAGGUGGAGGUGGGAGAGGUGUGGGUCAGUGAGGUGGAGGUGGGACAGGUGUGGGUCAGUGAGGUGGGAGAGGUGUGGGUCAGUGAGGUGGAGGUGGGAGAGGUGUGGGUCAGUGAGGUGGAGGUGGGAGAGGUGUGGUUCAGUGAGGUGGAGGUGGGAGAGGUGUGGGUCAGUGAGGUGGAGGUGGACAGGUGUGGGUCAGUGAGGUGGAGGUGGGACAGGUGUGGGUCAGUGAGGUGGAGUGAGGUGGAGGUGGGAGAGGUGUGGGUCAGUGAGGUGGAGGUGGGAGAGGUGUGGGUCAGUGAGGUGGAGGUGAGACAGGUGUGGGUCAGUGAGGUGCAGGUGGGAGAGGUGUGGUUCAGUGAGGUGGAGGUGGGAGAGGUGUGGGUCAGUGAGGUGGAGGUGGGAGAGGUGUGGGUCAGUGAGGUCAGUGAGGUGGGACAGGUGUGGGUCAGUGAGGUGGAGGUGGGACAGGUUGAGGUGGAGGUGGGAGAGGUGUGGGUCAGUGAGGUGGAGGUGGGAGAGGUGUGGGUCAGUGAGGUGGAGGUGAGACAGGUGUGGGUCAGUGAGGUGCAGGUGGGAGAGGUGUGGUUCAGUGAGGUGGAGGUGGGAGAGGUGUGGGUCAGUGAGGUGGAGGUGGGAGAGGUGUGGGUCAGUGAGGUGGAGGUGGGAGAGGUGUGGGUCAGUGAGGUGGAGGUGAGACAGGUGUGGGUCAGUGAGGUGGAGGUGGGAGAGGUGUGGGUCAGUGAGGUGGAGGUGGGAGAGGUGUGGUUCAGUGAGGUGGAGGUGUGGGUCAGUGAGGUGGAGGUGGGAGAGGUGUGGGUCAGUGAGGUGGAGGUGGGAGAGGUGUGGGUCAGUGAGGUGGGACAGGUGUGGGUCAGUGAGGUGGAGGUGGGACAGGUGUGGGUCAGUGAGGUGGAGGUGGGACAGGUGUGGGUCAGUGAAGUGGAGAUGGGGGCGGGGCUUCCUGUACUGGCCCCUCCCAUCUCUGUGUGGAGUCAGAGACAACAAUCGUAA